CUGUUAACAUCUUUACCUCCCUCUACAGCUACGCUUACGUAUUUAAAGUCGCUUACCCUCUCCCACAACAAAAUUCAAGAAAUUCCAGAUGAUAUUGUUAAGUUACGUGGACUUCGCUCUCUUAUCCUGGGAAUGAAUAGGCUAGACGCCCUUCCGAGAGGAUUUGGUGCAUUUCCAGCCCUUGAAGUUUUGGAUCUGACAUAUAAUAAUCUUACGACUUUACCGGAUAAUUUCUUUAAUUUGGGAACGUUACGCGCUCUCUACCUGUCUGACAAUAAUUUUGAGUAUCUGCCAUCAGGAAUCGGAAAUUUGUCCAACCUCGAGAUUCUCGCUUUGAGGGACAACGACCUUCUUUAUCUCCCACCGGAAAUCGGCAAGUUGACACGAUUAAAGGAGCUUCAUAUCCAGGGAAAUCGGUUGACAGUCCUGCCUCCUGAAUUAGGAAAUCUGGAUCUUACAGGACCUAAACAGGUUGCAAAACUUAGUGGGAAUUAUUGGGUAUCACCGAUUGAAGAUCAGCUACAAGUUGGAUUGUCACAUGUCUUCGACUAUAUUCGAUCGGAAACGUACAAAUUGUAA